GACUUCAUUCUUUGCUCGGAGGCGCUCUCUCUCGUACUAAGGACUCGUCCAAACGUGCACAACACACUUUUGAACCAGCGUGAUUAGCACAGCCGACCACUCACCGGUUCGAUAGGAACAAGCACAGUGAGUUUGAAUCCAGUAUGGAGACGAACUGUUGCCUCUCCGCUCCUCCGCACUUUGGAUGAGGACGCCGGACAAGGACACCGCCGUCGCUGCUGCUGUUACUGAUUGGAAACCGGUUGCCCUUUUCCCUUUGGAUCUUACCUUGCCAAAAUUUCUGGAUGCCUAUCGUUUGUUGAACGAAGGUGACUCACUGUCGGUAGAAGGCGAGCCCCCCCACUGCAUCCUAAUCACACAGAGGAGAGGACUUCGGCUCAUUGAUAUCACAGUCAGACUUUUCUGAAGCCGUCUUAAUUUAUUUACACUGCGGUGCUCUGUAACCAUCAACCCAAAAGGGAUACGCACUCAUUCAAGGGGGGGUCAAAAUCACCCAAAACCCAUUUAGGAACUGACUUUGGAUCUUUACCUUUUUCCUCUUUUUGGGAUUAUUAUUUCAAGUAAUAUGGGUGGUUAUCCGUUUUUGCUCACAAUGAGUGUUCAAUUUGGAGAGUGGCUCAUGAUUAUUGCUCAGAUGAGUCCGAGUGCUCCGCGGAAUAUGAAUUAGGCAUUCAGCGCCGCAGAUCGCUGGGAGAGGCAGAGGAGGAGCGCGACCGAUCAAAGGCAAUCUACCAAGACCAAUGUCAAGACCUCACGUGAUGAACAGGACUCUUCAUUUGAUCCUAAGUAAUAAUUGUCAGAUUUAACAACACGUCAACAGGUCAGAGGCAGAAGAGAGAGAGAGAGAGAAAAACCCGUCUUUUUGCCACUACUGUAUUUCAGAGUGGGGAUGCAUCUUUCCAUUUUCUUUUUCCUCCUCUUUUGGGCUCAAGCCCUGACAUUGAAAAACUUGACUUACUCUGUCCCAGAGGAACAAGGUCCGGGAACUGUCAUUGGAAACAUUGCCAAAGAUGCCAGACUCGGACUGGAGCAGACUGGGCCGGGCGGGCAAGGAAAGAAAGCCAACUUCAGGGUGUUGGAGAAUUCGGCCCCGCAUCUCAUCAAUGUUGACCCCCAGAGCGGACUACUCUACACAAAGCAACGCAUUGACCGAGAAACGUUGUGCAAGAGAAACCCCAAGUGCCAGCUCUCGAUGGAAGUGUUUGCCAACGACAAGGAGAUCUGCAUGAUUAAAAUAGACAUCCAAGACAUUAACGACAACUCGCCCGUUUUCCCUUCGGAUCAGAUUGAUAUUGACAUAUCUGAAAAUGCAGUUCCGGGGACGCGUUUCCCUUUGACGAGUGCGCAUGAUCCAGAUGCGGGUGAAAAUGGACUGAAAACCUAUCAGAUCACGCGCGACGACUACAAUCUCUUUUCCUUGGAGGUGAAAUCCCGUGGGGAUGGAACCAAGUUCCCAGAAUUGGUGAUCCAAAGGCCACUAGACCGGGAAGAAAGAAGCCAUCACACUCUCAUAUUGGCAGCCACUGACGGCGGGGAAUAUCCGAGGUCGGGUACCAUGCAGAUCAAUGUUAAAGUGAUUGAUUCAAAUGAUAACAGCCCCGUGUUCGACCAGCCCUCCUACGUUGUUGAAAUUCCUGAAAAUUCACCUCCGGGAAAAGUGCUGAUAAAUUUGAACGCCACGGAUCCCGACGAAGGAAACAAUGGCCAAGUCGUCUAUUCUUUUAGCGGCUAUGCCCCAGAGAGAAUCCGGGAGCUGUUCUCAAUAGAUUCCCGAACGGGGGUCAUCAAGAUUCAGGGCGAAAUGGACUAUGAGGAGAGCCCGGUUAUUGAGAUUGACGUCCAGGCAAAGGACCUCGGACCCAAUCCGAUCCCCGGCCAUUGUAAAGUCACCGUUAAAGUGCUCGACAGGAAUGAUAACUGGCCCUCUAUCGGCUUUGUGUCUGUAAGACAGGGAGCCAUCAGCGAAGCGGCACCUCCGGGCACGGUUAUUGCGCUGGUCCGUGUCACAGACAAGGACUCCGGCAGGAAUGGGCAGCUUCAAUGCAGAGUGCUGGGUAAUGUCCCCUUUAAACUGGAGGAGAAUUAUGACAACUUCUACACGGUGGUGACAGACAGGCCGCUGGACAGAGAGGCGCAGGAUGAGUAUAAUGUCACCAUCGUGGCCAAAGACAACGGCGUUCCCCCCCUCAACUCCACCAAAUCCUUCACUGUCAAGAUUCUGGAUGAGAAUGACAACGUCCCGCGCUUCACCAAGGCCGUGUACCUUCUCCAAAUCCCGGAGAACAACAUUCCCGGCGAGUUCUUGGGUUCGGUCCUUGCUCACGACCCGGAUCUGGGCCAGAACGGCACGGUGUACUACAGUAUUAUUAAUUCCAACGUGAGCGGGGGUGAUGUCAAUACUUACGUCAACGUCAACGCCGCCAACGGAGCCAUAUACGCGGUGAGGUCGUUCAACUACGAGCAAAUCAAAUAUUUUGACUUCAAGGUUCUCGCCCGAGAUGCCGGAUCGCCGCACCUGGAGAGCAACGCGACGGUGCGCAUCAGCGUUCUGGAUGUCAAUGAUAACAUACCCGUCAUCGUUCUGCCCCUUCUGCAAAACGAUACGGCUGAAAUCCACGUACCGCGGAACGUCGGCGUCGGCUACAUCGUCACCACCGUGAGAGCGGUGGACAACGACUACGGCGAGAGCGGGAGGCUCACCUAUCAGAUCUCGGAUGGGAACGAAGAGCACCUUUUCGAUAUAGAGCCGGUGACUGGAGAAGUGCGAACGGCCCACCCUUUCUGGGACAACGUAAACCCCCUCGUGGAGCUGAUUAUCCGCGUAUCAGACCACGGCAAGCCGAGCCUCACCGCCGCCGCUCGGCUGAUCAUUAAGGCCUCGGACGGACAGCCGGCCGAUGGACUCCUGCACGUCGACGGCAAUCAGAACUGGGACAUGUCGCUGCCUCUCAUUGUAACUCUCAGCAUAAUCUCAAUCAUGCUCCUCGCUGCCAUGGUCACCAUCGCGGUCAAGUGCAAGAGGGAAAACAAGGAGAUACGGACCUAUAACUGUCGCAUUGCAGAGUAUUCCCACCCACAGCUGGGCAAAGGCAAGAAAAAGAAGAUUAACAAGAACGACAUCAUGCUGGUGCAAAGCGAGGUGGAGGAGCGGGAUGCCAUGAAUGUGAUGAACGUGGUAAGCAGCCCUUCCUUGGCCACCUCUCCCAUGUACUUUGACUAUCAGACACGCCUGCCACUCAGCUCACCGAGAUCGGAGGUCAUGUACCUUAAGCCCACUUCCAAUAACCUCAGCGUGCCCCAAGGCCACGUGGGAUGCCACACCAGCUUCACAGGCCCAGUCACCAGCACUACAGACACACCUACUAACCGCAUGUCCAUCAUACAGACGGACAGCUUCCCCGCCGAGCCUAAUUACAUGGGAAGCAGACAACAGUUUGUUCAAAGUAGUUCCACAUUCAAAGACCCAGAGCGAGCGAGUCUCCGAGACAGCGGCCACGGUGACAGCGACCAGGCCGACAGUGACCAGGACACCAACAAAGGCUCCUGCUGUGACAUGUCGGCCAAGGAAGCGCUUAAGUUGAAGGCGACGGGUGUUCGACCGCCUCCGUUGGAACAAGAUGAGGACUGUUUGAAUUGUACGGAGGAGUGCCGAGUCCUGGGUCACUCGGACCGCUGUUGGAUGCCGCAGUUCCCCGCCGGUGGAAACCAAGCGGAGGGCGUCGAUUACUGCAACAACAUGUUUGUGCCGGCGGGGAUGGAGAGCCUGCCUGAGACGGAGACCUACGAGACCGUCAACCCCAACGGCAAAAAAACCUUCUGCACAUUUGGCAAGGAGCGCCGCGAUCACACCAUCCUCAUCGCGAACGUCAAGCCCUACUUGAAGGCCAAGCGGGCCCUCAGUCCGUUACUCCAAGAGGUGCCCUCGGCGUCGGGCAGCCCGAUCAAGGGCGGCCCCGCCACGUGCGCCUCGGUUAAGAGUCCGGCCGACGGCGCCGAAGGCAAGCCUCCUCUCGCCACCUGUUCCGGCUACUACGGACCUCCCGAUGGCCAGUACCUGUCGCCCACCAAACAAAACCGGGAGCAAGGGGUUUACCCGCCGUUGCCCCCUUCAGACCCGGUGGCCAAGGUGCUCGCCGAGGCCCGCUCGAGAAUCAGCCAAGAGAGCCGAGGGGAAACGGAGUGCGCGCUGGAACAGGCGCAGAAUGACGCGAGCCGCGAUGGGAUGGAUGCCGACCGGGCGGUGAGGGACAUUGACAAGCUUUUGCAGGACUGCAGAGGAAGCGAGGCCGCCGGCACGCUGAGGAAGUGAUCCCCCCCCCAAAAAAAAAAGAAAAGAAAGACAAUAGGGGAAAGGAAAGAAAGGACGUUGAGUGCGGAAUAAGAGCCUGUUCCAGAAACUCUCCAUGCCAAAACUCUCACCCAAAGUAAUACAGACGUUGACGUUUUCUCUAUCGAAGGACCUUUUUCCUCACGGUAUGCAAAAGUACCAACACUGAAUUGAAUUUGAGGACAUUUAUCCACAGGCAGCAGUUCAACAAAAUCCCCCCUCCCCCCCA